GCGGGUUGGGGGCUGAAUGGCGGAGCAGCUGCUGAUUACAAGUCAUGGUUUCUUCACUUUAUAGCGGCUUUUAUUCGCGGCAGAAACGCUGAGAUCCGCCGAUGGAGCCUUUAAUAACGGCCUCGUGCGGAUGAGUGACGCGUUCGCGGAGCGCGCAGUUUCUGACUCCAAAGCUGAAGAGGAGCUUUUUAUUUCCAUAAAGGAGAGAAGAGCAUCUGUCCGGAGGAGGCAGCUCAGCUCAGCUCAGCUCAGCUCAGCUCAGCUCAGCUCAGAUCUUCCUCUGUUCUGAGAUGAGUCCGUGUGCAGCGGCGAGUCAGCGGAGAGAUCAGCGACUAACAUGGUGUUCCAAGUUCAGAGAUGUUUGCUAUUGCUAGUGCAUCGGCCACAAGGCCAAGCACUGCCCGCUCCACCGCCCACUGCACUAUCUAUUUCACUGCCCAGUUCUGUCCACCCACUGCCCUCAGGUGACCAGACACAACCCAUGCCAUGGAAAGCUCCUCCUUCUCCUGGGAGAACAGCUCGGCGGGGUUCAGGACGCUGUGGAUGACGGUGGCUCCUGUGGGUCAGGAUGUGGAGCAGGUUGGGGUGCAGGGCCUUGGGGUGCCUCUGCAGGUCUUCUUCUGCCUGGCCAUGGCCUGCGUUCUCUUGCUGGCCUUUCUGGGGAACGUGGUGGUGUGUGUGAUGGUUUACCGUCGCGCUGCCAUGCGCUCCGCCAUCAACAUCCUGCUGGCCAGCCUGGCCUUUGCGGACAUGAUGCUGGCGCUGCUCAACAUGCCCUUCGCUCUGGUCACCACGGUCACCACGCGCUGGGUGUUUGGAGCUGCGUUCUGCCGGCUGUCAGCCAUGUUCUUCUGGCUCUUUCUGAUGGAGGGCGUGGCCGUGUUGCUAAUCAUCAGUGUGGAUCGCUUCCUGAUCAUCGUGCAGAGGCAGGACCGGCUCAGUCCGAAACGGGCGAAGGCCCUAAUCGUCGUGUCUUGGAUGCUGUCCCUCUGCCUGGCCUUCCCGCUGUCCGUCGGAUACCCGGCCUUGCAGGUUCCGCCCCGCGCCCCCCAGUGCGUGUUUGGGUACACAGGCGAGCCUGGAUACCACUCCUACGUGGUGCUGAUCAUGUUGGUGUUCUUCUUCGUCCCAUUCACCGUGAUGCUGUACACAUUUGUGGGCAUCCUGAGCACCAUCCGGCGUAACUCUCGGCAGAUCCACUCCAGCUCCGACUCCAUCUGCCUCGGCCAGGCCGGAAAGCUAGGCCUUGCGGGCCUGCGCCGGCCCUUCCACAUCCACAUUGACUUGAGCUUCAAAACGCGUGCCUUCACCACCAUCCUCAUCCUCUUUUCCGUCUUCACCGUGUGCUGGGCUCCGUUUGCCGCCUACAGCCUGGUGGCCACCUUCAGCAGCUCCUUCUACUCCAGCAGGAGCUUCUUCGAGAUCAGCACUUGGCUGCUGUGGCUCUGCUACCUCAAAUCGGCCCUGAAUCCACUCAUCUACUACUGGCGGAUAAAGAAGUUCCGCGACGCCUGUGUAGACCUCAUGCCCAAGUACUGCAAACUCCUGCCUGAGCUGUCCGGUCACACUCGGAGGAGGAUCCGCCCCAGUACUGUUUACGCGUGUGGGGAACAUCGGUCUGUGGUGUAGAACCAAAACGCUAUUUCUGGGCCUUUGUUUUUUCAUUGAAACACUGACAAAAGAACAGAUUCCUCCAGUUUUCCCUUUUUUUCUUCAAAUGUAGUCAGUCAGCUGAGACAGGUUUGGUGUCUGAAGUUUGCUUCUUUAGUUUCAGCACUGGAGCUACGAGGCUAAUGUAGCUAACGAGUAAUGGAAGCUUAUACACCACCAACUAGCAUGGUGCUAACUGCAGGCCUGAAUCAUCACUCACCUCCGAGCGUGUGGAGAUCAUUGAUGUCUGUUUUGAGAAGAUAUCCAGCCUGAUUGACUACAUUUGAGGUGGAUGGUGGG